AAUUACACAAAUGCAAUAUAUUUUGAAGUAGGUACAUUGUUAAAUGUAUUAUUUUUUCUGUUUAUAUUGUGAAUUUCUAAAAUGUCUGACAUCUGGAGCAAAUCAGCCAAUAAAUUCUAUAAGUCUACAUUCUGCAAGAAACAAGAAAAUCUGGAAUUGAAGGAGGAAGAUUGCAAUAUUUAUCAAACUCUUCAAAACUAAUAUGUUCUGGUGUAAUAUUAUUCUCAAAAAACUUUCUGGUAAUAAAAUGGCAUCUAAAAAGCCUACUCCAGUUAACGUUAAUAGUAGCAAUAGAGAAACGAAUUUAGAUGAUUCAAAUGAUGAUAUUUUUGAAGAAGGUGGUUCUUACGUUGGAGACAUUUAUAUUCCUCCUCCAUACAAACCAGUAUGUUCAAUGGAAACAAAUGGUCCACGGACAAUAAUUACUAAAAUCAUUAAUGAGAAUUUUAAAAGUUAUUAUGGCGUCCGAAUAGUUGGGCCCUUACAUCAAAAUUUUACAGCUGUCAUUGGACCGAAUGGCAGCGGAAAAAGUAAUGUUAUUGAUGCAAUGCUUUUUGUUUUUGGAUAUAGAGCUAGUAACAUGAGAACGAAGAAAGUGUCUAGCCUUAUUCAUAAUUCUAGUCGUGCACAGAAUGUCAAUAGUUGUUCUGUUGCUGUAGUGUUUCAAAGCAUAGUGGAUAAUGAUGAUGGAACUUACAAAUGUGUUGGCAAUGAGAUAGAAGUCAGGAGGACUGCUUUUAAAGAUAAUUCAUCUUACUACAGUGUGAAUGGUAAGAAGAAAACAUAUAAGGAAAUUGCUUCAUUGCUCGGAGGAUAUGGAAUUGAUUUAUCAAGUAAUAGAUUUCUUAUUCUUCAGGGAGAAGUGGAACAAAUUUCCUUAAUGAAACCAAAGGCUCAAACUGAGCAUGAUCGUGGAAUGUUAGAAUAUUUGGAAGAUAUCAUAGGAACAACAAGAUACAAGGAGCCCAUCAGUAAAUUAAACGAAAAAUGGGAGGAUCUUACAGAGGAUCAUCAACAUCGAUUAAAUAGAAUAAAAUUAUUACAGCGUGAGUUAAAAGAUAUGGAGGGACCAAAAAAUGCUGCCAUAGAACAUCUAAGAAAAAGAAAUGAACUUAUUAUUGUGAGAAGUGAAUUACUUCAAUAUCAGAGAAUGAAAUGCCAAGUGGAGAAGAGUAAGAUAACUGAAGUGAAAAAUGAAAAAGAUGAAAAAUUGAAUAUCAUUUUGAAAUCUAUAGAAGAAAUUGAAAAAGAAAAGAAUAAAAACGAGACUGGUGGUGCUGAUUUAUUGAAAACACUCAAUGAUUUGAAGAAGCACUUCUCUAAACAGAAUGCAAAAUACGAAAAAGCAAAUAGUCGUAACAAUAUUAUUACUAUUGAAAUGCAACAAGCAAACAAUCAACGGAAAAAACUGAAAACUGAAUUUGAGAAGGAGAAAGUCAAGCUCUUGGAACUGGAGCAGAUUCCUGAAAAAAAUAAUAAGUUAAUACAACAAUGUGCAGAGGAUUUAGCAAAUCUUGAAAAAAGGAAAAUGAAACUUGUUGACGAGCAACAAUCAUCAAUGACCAAAUUUAAAAAGGAGAGUGAGGUUAUAGUUGAACAGAGAUCAAAGGCUUCUGAAAAGCUUAUGCCGUUUAAAGAAGCCUCUUCUAAAAUUUUAUCAGAGCUGAAUAUGGAAAAAUCAAAAUUAACUUUAAUACAAAGCAAUGAGAAUAAGCAAAAGGCCAUGUUAGAAGACAUGGAAAGGCAACUAGAAGAAGUUAAAAGUCAGCUGGGUCCUAAAAGCAUGGAGUUGAAUAAUUUUACAACAAUGAAACCUGAAAUAGAGAAAAAAUUAAAAGAAGCUCAAGAUGAACUGGUUCCCAUUAAAGAAAGUACAGCAAAUGUAAUUGCUAAAAUUCAUCAGAUAACUAAGCAGCUGACGCAAAGUCGAGAAGUAUAUCAAGAAAGCAGUAGCCGGAAUAGAAUCCUUGAUUAUUUGAUGAGGAAAAAGCAAGAGGGUCAGCUCCCAGGGCUUAUAGGAAGGCUGGGUGAUUUAGGCGCUAUAGAUGAUAAAUACAAUGUUGCAAUAUCUACUGCGUGUUCACAACUUGAUUGUAUUCUUGUUGAUAAUAUGGAUACAGCUCAAACUGCUUUGAAAUUUCUUCAGGAUAACAAUAUAGGGCGGACAACAUUUAUUGCACUGGACAAACAGGAACAUUUAUGGAAUGCUAUUAAAACACCAUUCCAAAGCCCUGAGAAUGCACCUCGUUUAUAUGAUUUAGUGCGUAUUGCCGAUGAAAGUUUAGCACCAGCAUUUUACUUUGCCCUGAGAAAUACUCUGGUUGGAGCUGAUCUGGAACAAUGUAUGCGUCUAGCUUAUGGAACACCAAGACACAGAGUUGUUUCAUUGAAAGGGGAAUUGUUUGAGUGCUCUGGUACUAUGACUGGAGGAGGAAAAUCAGUUGCACGAAACCGCAUGGGCAGCAAAAUAAAAACACACACACGUAGAUCUAACUCUAAUAUAGAGAGCCAGGCAGAUUUACAAAAUUUAGAAAUUAUGCGAGAUAAUUUACAGAAAGAGCUUGAACAAAAACGAGACAGAGAGAUAAGCUUGGAAGAAAUAAUAAGGCGCAAUUACAAAGCAUUACAAGAUUUUGAUUCAACACAUAAAAAGCUAUCAAUGGAAGUUAAUGCCCUAAACGAACAACAUGUAUUGCUAUCGAAAAGUUUGAAGCAGCAACAAGAAAAAGUGAAAAAUAGUUGUAGUGAUGCAAAGGCAGUGAAGAAACAAGAAGAAAUAAUUCAAAAUCUUGAGCUAAAACAUAAAAAAUCAAUUGAAGAUUCCGAAGAGUUGGAAAAUAAAGUGAAACAAUUAGAUGAAGAAUUGAACCGUUUGAAGAAAGACACUUUAUUUAAAGUAGAAAAGGAAUUGAAAAAUGUAACUAAGAACAUUGAUGAUCUGAAAAAAGAAUCGGCUAAACUUACAAUCGAACUUACCAAUAAUGAAAGAAAUCUGGAAAAAUGUAAAAAAAUGGUUUCUAAACAUGAGGCUGAUAUCAAGAACUUUGAAAAGACAAUAUUAGAUUUAAGAGAUGAAAAAACAAAGCUGGAAGAAGAUGCUGCUCAGCUGGUUGAAGUAAUUAGUGAAUACGAGACAAAAAUCAGUGAAACGGAGGAAGAAUAUAAUUCCCUGAAGUCUUCCACAAGUGAUCUAAGCAAACAAUUAGUCAAAUUAAAUUCUGAUAAAUUGGACAGUGAACAAGAAGUUGCAGAAUUGGCUAGCAAAUUAAAAGAAAAUGCUUCAGCAUUACAUAAAGUUAAUAGUGAAUUACAAAGUUUGAAACUGGAGGAUAUUCCAUAUGAAAAUGAAAAUGAAAAACAAAAGUUGAAGGAAUACACAAAUGAAGAACUUGCAGUAUUCAAGGAAGAAAACUUGUUGUAUAAAUCAUCAGUACUUCAUGGAGACUUAAAAAAAUCACAGCCCAACAUGCAAGCUAUAGAAGAAUAUAAGAAUAAAGAGGUUCAAUUGAUUGCGCGAACUGAGGAAUUAGAUGCUUUGACUGAUGAACGAAACAAUAUACGUAAAUUAAAAGAAAAAUUAUCUAAAGACAGACAUGACCAAUUCAUCACAGGGUUUCAAAUUAUUUCUUUGAAGUUAAAAGAACUUUAUCAGGUAAUAACAUUGGGUGGAGAUGCUUCAUUGGAUCUCGUUGACUCUAUGCUUCCUUUUAAUGAAGGAAUCGUGUUCAAUGUAAGACCAUUUAAAAAAUCAUGGAAAGCUAUAAGUGAUUUAUCUGGAGGAGAAAAGACUUUAGCUUCCUUGUCUCUGGUACUUGCUUUACAUUAUUACCGGCCUUCGCCGCUUUAUGUUAUGGAUGAGAUUGAUGCAGCCUUAGACUUUAGAAAUGUUUCUAUUGUGGCCAAUUAUAUUAAGGAGCGUACUCGAAAUGCCCAAUUCAUAAUCAUCUCUCUACGAAACAAUAUGUUUGAUCUUUGCGAUCGUUUCGUCUGUAUUCACAAAACUCGGGAUUGCUCCAAAGCUAUCACAAUUGAUAAUACUUGCAGUAUUGGCAAGGCACCCAAAGUAGAUAAUGCAGUAAUGGAUAAAAAGAAACUUGUCACACAGGCAUCGUAAUAAGAAAUAAUUACAAUUUACAUUAUAUGGAAAUGUUUAAGUAUUAUAAUUUGGUUAAAUUCAAUUUAAGUGCAAAUCAUGCCUUUUGAAACUAUGCCUAUAAAUUUGAACUUUAUAUUUUAAAAUAUUAUAAUAUCACUCAUAUCUUAUU